GAAAUGCUUACCUUCGAAGGCCUCUGGCACGCUGGAAAUGUUCUCAUCACGGACGAAUUCUGUUUUCAACUUUACCACGCAGUAAAUAUUCAGCAACAUCGUAAAAAUUGCAGCUUGUUGCGUUUAUAUGUAAUUGAGUACAUAUCUAUUUUCGUGCGAGAUCCUCGUCUUGUUUCUCUACUCGAUGAAAAGGAAAUCAAUGUAGCUUAGUGAAAUGUUGAGCAAUCUCUUCAUUCUUCUCAAUUAUCGACGUAGGCUAGCUUAAUUGGGAGGUGGGGACUUGCGUUUUGUCAAGUGCCUCAAAGAACUCAAACGUUCUAUUUCAUUGUCUGGCAAAGCAUUUUACAGGGCACUUUUUGACGGGCAGGUAGUUCGAAUAAAUGAUUUGAUAACAUUGAACGAUUUUUUUUGCGCACGCAACUUGUUCGGUCUAGUUUGCGCAUAAUAGCCUACAUCAAAUAUUAAAAUCUGAAAAAAUACAAGUGCCUCCCCGUCUGACAGUGACAACUACAUUCACUACGGUCAUGAAAGGUUACACAAUUCUCCACAAAAAUUAUUGUCAGCAAAACAUUGGCUUAGCAAGGCUCAAAAUGACUUUACAACCGGGAUCUGUCAGACAGAAACUGUCCCACGUUGGCCCACUCACAACAAAUAUAAUAAAAGGAAAUGGAAGAAACUGCACAUCGCUUCAGCAAACCUUUUUUCAUUUCAUCAUUGUCAGUAUAUGACACCAGGAAGGAAACAAAAAGUUGCGGGUUUUUCGCCCCAUUGACUGCAGCCCCUUCAUAUAACCACCUGUCUCCGUGACCAUAACUGAAUGGGCUGCAGUGAGACCUCGGCUCAAGCACCUUUGUCUUACAUUGAGACAAAAGCUUGAAUGAUGCUCUGGUUCUGAGUGUCACUCCUGCUGGAAACUUAGUAGGCUACAAUUUUACGCUGGAGGUCCACUGCCUGUCUCUACGGGAAAGCACCAUGAAUGUCAGCAUGUUCCAGCCGUGGACAUGCCACCAAAACCGGGACUGGUCAUCCAGUCGUAGUGGCUAUGAUGGUAUGUGGAAAAUACGGGGGUCGAAAGCGAGCAGAUGGGCCCUGUGGCGAGAACUGAACAGUAACCGCCUCUCAGCUGAACCAGCGUGAGGCCAGCCGGGCCAGGCUAGUCAAACUGUCAGGACGGAACGAAGCAAAGACGUCUUGCUUGUAGAAGCAUCCCUAACUGAAUAGAAAGGGACCGAAGGUGGAACAAAGGGAGAUCAAAGGAGAGAAGAAAAUAAGAAAAGACAGAUUGACGGAGUGGAAGGAGAAGGAGUGGUAGGAGAAGGAGUGGAAGGAGAAGGAGUAGAAGGAGUGGAAGAAAGGAAAAACAUUUUUCAUGAUGGAUCUGAGCUUGCUCCAAGCUCUGGAGAGAGAGAAGGUUCUGGAAGUUCUUCAGAGGGACAAACUUCUGCGCAGUGCAGAGGAAGAAAGGAUCAGGAGGCUUAAGAUGGAACUGCAGGAGAUCCGGAGAAAGGGGGCAAAGAGUUUUUCCCGGCAGUACAGCGAAAGGACUUGUGCUCGCUGCCAGAGGCCGCUGGGAAAGUUCUGGAACUCGGGAGCAGUGUGUCGAGGCUGUAGCCACCGCAUCUGCAGCAAAUGCCGAGUGGGCGUGUCCACCCUGGACUGGAAGUGUACUGUCUGCCACGCCUACAGGGAAGUCAAGAUCAAGUCUGGAGAGUGGUUUUUGGAAGAGAAGGCCAAGAAAUAUCCUCCUGACGCAGAGAACUGUGAGACUACUGGGGAGAAAUUGCUGAUGUCAUACCAGCGGCUGAGUCACAUAGCAGUCGUUCCGCCAACCCCACCGCCCUCGUACGAUGCCCCGCCUUUCAACAGAUUAGCGGAACUGAAGAGCUUGAAAAAACCCUUCACCAAGUCUAUGGAGGAUCUGAUGGUUUCAAUUUCCAGCCACAUGAGAAGGUUCUCCAGAUCUCAAGAGGACGUACGAGUGGAACAGGAUCUCCUAACUGUGGUCAAAAACCGGAGACCGAGUUUUUCCCCGAAAAGCCUCUCUGACACAGACAUCAACAAAUCUUCACCCAAUUUAAAUGAAGGGCCUAGUCUUCCCAACCUGUUCAAGAAGAGCAAAAAUGAUGACCAGAGCUGUUCCUCGUCGGGUGCCGACGAAGAGCUUUCCCUCGGUUCAGAGUACUUAGAAUGGAAAAGGGGCUGUAGUAUCCGCAGUACUGGAAGAGAUAGUGGCUUCCUGGAGGUCAGCAAUGUGACCGGAGAACUGGAGCUCGCGGUCGCCUUCGAUGGCGACAGUUCCUGCCUGGAAGUAACGGUGAAACGCUGCAGAAACCUGUCCUGUGGAGAUGUCAAGAGGAAGAAGUGCCAUCCGUAUGUGAAGGUCUGCCUCCUGCUUGAGACCUCCCGCUGUAGCAAGCUGAAAACGCCUGUCAAGAGGAACACGACGGACCCCGUUUAUAAUGAAGUUUUAAAUUACCAGCUGGAACCAGCCAUGUUGUCCAGAACUGCUCUGGAGGCGUCUGUGUGGCACUCUGGGACCCUGAAGAAGAAGGUGUUUCUGGGAGGGGUCCUGGUCCCACUGGAGGGGCUGGUGUUUCAGGACAGGACAACACACUGCUCCAGCUGGUACUCCCUGUGUCCCAAGCCUGAGUGUUCAGAAGGGGGUGCAGCAGAGCCAACUGCUGCCGGAGAACUGCUGGUCAGAAUGAAAUUCACCUGCCAAUCCCAGCCCUCUUGGGUCUGUGACACAGAUGAAGUGAAUUUUGGACCAAGCCACGCUGGUCAACUGGCUGUUCUCAUCACGGGUGCCAAAAACCUGCCCACGAAAGCAAACAUCAGUCAAAACACCUAUGUGAAAGGGUACCUGCUUCUCUCUGGAUCCAGGGAGCUGAUUCAGAAGACCCCUGUCCUGAAGAAGAAGCCCAGUCCAGAAUGGUGUCACCAGCUGCUGUACAGCAGUGUCACGCCCUAUGACCUUCAGUUCGGCACACUGGAGCUGGAACUCUGGGACCACACCCCCUUUAGCUUCUCAGAUCGCCUCCUGGGCUGUGUCAGAAUGGAAACCGAGUCGUCAUGGCGACUGCUGCUGCAGACUCCCAACGUCUGGCAUGACCGCCGACUGCCCAUGCAGGCUAACGCCAGUGGCAGGAGAACAUGACGAGGUCAUCAGUCUCCAAACCACCCGACUGGAUGCCACAUCUCAUCAAGAGAAAAGAUUCAGCACUACUGUUUUACACUGACUGUUGCACCCUUGCUUUGUGAAAGUUCUGCUUGUUAUUUAUUGAUUUCAUGACUUAUAUAUUAAAGGGAUGUUCCACAAAAAAACAAAAUAUUUUCUGCAUACAGUAAAUUGACCAGAUUUCUGAAAUGAAAACUGGGGACAUUUCCAGUUAAAAUUAUUUAAAAAAUCCAAUGUUAUCUAUUAGUAAAAAAGGGGAACAUUUCCGGUUUCAUGAAUUUAGUAUAACAGGCACAGUGUGAUAAACAGAGAAAACAACUAUAUUUCUGAAACACUACAGACAAGACAGAAUUGUCCACACUGAACAGCCAUUCAGUGGUCCUUUUAGUCUGGGUAGAUUAAGAGCAGAAGAAAACAUGAGCAAAACUGAAAAGACAGAAAAUAGACUUUUUCUUAUCUUUUCUUCACUCAUCUUCCUUUGUUUCUUUACCUUUCCACCUACACUCCCCUUGCUUCACUCCUUUUACGCCCUUCAUUUUUCCUUCUCGAUCCCUUCUCUGUCCUCUCCAAUAAAAUGCUUUGGGUAACAGAUUCCCAUUGCCUCAUUUUUGUAUUUUAUUUCAUACGUAGGCUCUGUAGUCACAUAUUUACCUAUCUUGUCUUCCUCCGUUCCUCUACACUCUAACAGAAAACAUGCAAAUAUUGUCUUGAAAAUGUCACAAUAUAUUUUCACACUAUAGUGUAUAAGUAUACUUAUUCUG